UUCGCCCGUGACCUUGCGGCGCAGGAUCCUUCAAAACGAUCCAAAAGACAAUAAUUGAAUAGACCCACCACCGUUCGUGUUUAAAAUUGAAUCAAUUAUGCAAUCAUUCUAAUGAAACGAUCAUAUUUUCGCGACAGUCUAGGCGGUGGGAGUUUGAUACAAAAAGAAGACUCAAUGUCAAAAUUUUAUCUGUUCACGUUUUUUGCAACGAUUUGCAUCCUGUAUUACACCUUCACGUUCAUUCAAUCACGGAUAGAAUAUCUAUUAUUCUCGAACCACUAUCUCGAGUAGUCCCAAUUCACGCUUCUCCCUACUCACGCCCUCGUAAUCGCUCUGUUAUUGUUUCUUUGUUGACAAUCAUUGUGUCUGGAGCAACACUUGAAAGGUUGAAAGAAAGGAUACAUUCAUCGCAUCUCCUUGAAACGGCUACCGUCUUUCAAGUUGUAUUAAAGGAGUAUCCUGGUUUAUCCCAGGUGUACAGUGAGCUAAUCAAGGAGUUUUUGAUGAUAUAAAUUAUUCGUCGACCAAACAUCAGUCAUCAUUCGAUUGCUUACCAUCGGUUUAGUGAAGUCGACUGUGUCAGCAACGCCAUGAAUCCAAUUGCGAUGCCAACCGCUAUCCUGCUGCUCGUCGCAUCUGCUUGCAUCCUUCUGACUUCGGCCGACCCACUACCGGGAGGCUACCAGAGCGGAGGCGGCUACGGAUCAGGUCCCUCAGGCGGGGGCGGCUUCUCAGGCUACGGAGGCGGCAGUUCGCAGGGGGGCAGCGGUUACGGUGGCGGCUCAAGGGGUGGAUUCGGAGGCUCCAUGUACGGCCAGAGAGGCAUGGGAGGCGGAAGCGGCUCUGGCUAUGGGAGCAGUGGGAUGAUGGGCUUUGGGGGCGGAAACCCUAGCCGCAGCUAUCUGCCUCCGUCAGGAAGAGGCGGCUCGGGAUACGGCAGCGGUCAGAGCGGGUCUGGAUGGUAGAGUCAACUGGAAACAUUUCCAUCUGAUGAAAAUUUCCCUUGUGACCUGCAAAUAUGACAAUGUUACGAAACCCACCGUUUAAUGAAAGGAACUUGAACUUCUACUGUCGUAAUAUUGAUUCAUUUUGUUUUCUCCAUACAUUAAUUUUUUAAGGAUAUGUUAACCGGACAAAGUAAUGAUAUCGUAUUUGGCCCUAUUAUGAUCAUUUUGGAAUGCUAUGAGAAAUUAAAGUCACCCAAAAAUAAGAAGUUAAAGAUGAAGAAUUUGAGCUUGUUUGUAAUUCCAUUAUUGAAAUUGAUAAUUUCUAUUUAUUCAUCCAAACUCAGCCUAUAGGUAAUUUAUGUUCUAGAAUAGAUAUUUCCAUCAAUAAACUUUAUAUCAUAUUGUCGAAGAACUUGUGUUCCAUUACUCGGAAAACCAACGAGAUUGUGAUGAAAAUCUCACAGAAAUUAUAUUUUUGCGCACCCAUUUCAUAAAGUUUUCAUUUGCAUAGAAUGAAUAAAUUGUGGCGUAUACAUUUUUUUAGACACGUUGUACCGUACUUUAUCUUGGAAUUCUAAAUUGAAAAAAUACUUUUAGUUGAUAUAUUGAACCUCAAAUGUUGAAAUCAUGUUGAUUAAAUAAAAAAAAAGUUCUUGUAACAAUA